AACGCAUCUGGUGGUUUGCCUCCGGGCUGUUAUAUGAACGCAAUCUGACUGUCGGGGAACUUACUCUGUGUUCGGCCUUCCUGCAGCUCACAACAGCUACCCAAACUAUUGAUUUCACACUUUACCAGCAUGUGACACCGCAGCGGGACUUCAUAGUGUCAGACCGUGUCUGCGCUUGUUGUUUGUGGAAGAAGGGGUGGAAAGGCCCGGCACACAUCUGACCAACCUGUUACCACUUAAUGAUGUGAAACUCAUGGCUGGAUUGAGACUGAUCACUGAACAUCUUCCCUGCUGUGUUCACUGUCCUCUGGAUCAUUUCACAUCUUCGACACCAUCUGCUCACAGUGAGAACAAUAUAAAUUACAGUCAGCAACAGGUUGGAUUGGACUCAUCCGUCACCCUGGGAAUUUGCAAUGUGAGCUAAUGAGUAACAUUAAACCACCCUUGGCCUGUGUAGGUAGUUGUGCUGGCCUUUGCUUUUAUUUUUCAGGGUCAGUACUCGUAGAUAAUGACAUUACCUCAAUAAACUCGACACCAGGCUUGUAUUCUUUAUCGAUGAUGUGGUAAAUCUCGCGAUACUGAGACCGUCUGUAGUUGCGAUGGCUGCUGCUUCCUCUUUAGAGAAGAAUCAGCCCCUCCUCCAGCUCCAGGAGGUGGACUCCAGUCGAGUUGGUAGUCGCGUCCUCACUCCGGUCCUCAGCUCCUCCUCUCCUGGCUUGUCCCUGGAAACCAGCCAACCCAUCUGCAUCGCUUCCCCUUACACCGAACUUGGCCACGACUUCACGACAAUACCUUUCUACAGUCCAGCUAUCUUCAGUUAUGCCGGUCAUGGCAUUCCAGAUGGCCCCUCCGUCCAUCAGUCGCUAAGCCCCUCCUUAUUCUGGCCCAGCCACGGCCACGUGGGGCCACCCAUACCCCUGCACCACUCCCCGGCUCGGCCUCAGCACGGGCAGCCAAUCCAGAGUCCAUGGGUGGAGCUGUCGCCGCGGGACACUGUCUUUACAACCAGUAAGAGUGUGAAGAGGCGUUCUCAGGAGAGCGAGGAGGCGGUGGUGUCGUCCAUCGGGAAGGCGGACCUCCACUACUGUGCUGUGUGUAAUGACCAUGCCUCGGGCUACCACUACGGUGUCUGGUCGUGUGAGGGGUGUAAGGCCUUCUUCAAGAGGAGCAUCCAAGGACACAAUGACUACAUCUGCCCAGCAACCAAUCAAUGCACUAUAGACAAGAAUCGCCGUAAGAGCUGCCAGGCGUGCCGCCUUCGCAAAUGUUGCGAAGUUGGUAUGACCAAGUGUGGUAUGCGAAAGGAGCAUGGGAACUACAGGAACCCCCAGACGAGGCGAGUGACCCGUCUGUCCUCACAGGGCAGAACCAACAGACCAAAGGCGUUAAGCGGACCAGCGGUGGGUUUGUUACCCGCACUCCACCCUCCUGCACUGACCCCAGAACAGCUGAUUGGGCAGAUAAUGGAGGCAGAGCCGCCGGAGAUCUACCUCAUGAAGGACAUGAUGAGGCCGCUGACUGAAGCCAACGUCAUGAUGUCGCUCACCAACCUGGCUGAUAGGGAGCUGGUUCACAUGAUUAGCUGGGCCAAGAAGAUUCCAGGGUUUGUAGAGCUCAGCCUCUUGGACCAGGUGCACCUGCUGGAGUGCAGCUGGCUGGAGGUGCUGAUGAUCGGACUGAUGUGGAGGUCAGUGGACCAUCCAGGGAAACUCAUCUUCUCCCCUGACCUCGGCCUGAGCAGAGAAGAGGGGAACUGUGUCCAGGGCUUCUCGGAGAUCUUUGAUAUGCUGUUGGCUGCUACGUCCAGGGUGAGAGAACUCAAGCUCCAGAAGGAGGAGUAUAUCUGCCUCAAGGCCAUGAUCCUCCUUAACUCCAACAUGUGCCUCAGCGCAACAGAGGGCAGCGAGGAGCUGCAGAGUCGCUCCAAGCUGCUACGACUUCUGGACGCUGUGACGGACGCUCUGGUGUGGGCCAUCGCCAAAACAGGCCUCACCUUUCGCCAGCAGUACACCCGCCUCGCCCACCUGCUCAUGCUGCUCUCACACAUCCGCCAUGCCAGUAACAAAGGCAUGGACCACCUCCACUGCAUGAAAAUGAAGAACGUGGUGCCUUUGUAUGACCUGUUGCUGGAGAUGUUGGAUGCCCACAUCAUGCACAGCUCCCGUCUGCCUCGCCAGCCUCUGCAGCAGGAGUCCGGGGACCAGACGGGGGUUCCUGCUCAGCCACACAGCUCUCAUAGCGUCCCCUCAAAUACCUGGACUCCCUAGCAGCACUCUGGAGGUGAACCACAGCAGUCGAAUGCAAUGAAUUGUCACCGCUUUGCACAAUACUAGUUCUGACUGAUGAGACGUUGUACUGGAACAUUCUGCUGAAUUUUGUGAACUCUCAUAGGUAGCUCAUGCUUUGACACACUGCUCACUUAUUCUAGUGAACUUUUGAAUGUUAAGACAUCACUCUGCAGAUGGACCAAACUCGCAGUAUUCUGUGCCUUAUCAUCCCCACAUAUUGAUAAAAAACAAAUUAAAAAAAAUUAAAAAAUCUGUUAUAAUUUGGCCAGUAGCACCAGUUCUCGCUCAAAUGUUCAUGUAAUAUGCCACUGCCAUGAUUCUCUUGGGUUGAGCAGCUAAUUUCAUAUCAGAUCAUAUUCAUAUAUUUUCAUCGUCCAUGUCUGGUAUUAUUUUGGAUGCAGAGAUGGUGUGUAUAAAUAACCAAACCAGCAAAAAAUAGCCCCCUGUUGCAAAAUAGAUUUGAGUAUUAUGAUGAUAUAUACAUAGACAAUAUGAUUAUUUGUUAUACUGCUUCUAUUAAGGUAGCUAUUUAUUUAAUAUUUGUGGGUAUUUAUUACAGGAUUUUCUUUAUCAACAUGAUGAAAUACCUUGAUUUGUCUGGUGUUUAAUUCACUGGACUAGACAAACAUUCCCAUCCAGUCAUUUAACCUAUAAGAAGAGUUUUAGAAUUAAAAAAAAUCAACUUCAUUUUAAUGGAUUAUUUUUCCAUCUUAAAGAAAUAAUUUGACAUUUUUGUAAAUAAGCUCAGUCGCUUUCUUGCCGACAGUUCGAUGAGAAGAUUGAUACCACUCUCCCAUCUAUGUAAUAAAUAUGUGGCGAUUCUAGGAUGAGACCUUCAGGGGGGCUCAGCCCCUAAUGAGAAUGUGACAUGGAUACAGUGCCUUGCAAAAGUGUUCACCAAAACCACAACCAACUUGACUUUUUGGGGUUUUCUGUACACAUUAAACAAAUGAGAUGCUAGUGAGCUUUAGAGUUGCUGGUAACAACGCUAGGCUAACCAGCUGCUGGCUGUAUCUUCAUAAUUAACAUGCACAGAUAUGAAUGAUUUCGAUCUGCUCAUCUAACUCUUGGCAAGAAAAGCAUGCAGGUGUACUGCAUUUCGUAAAAUGUUAAAUCAUUCCUUAAAUACAAGAUUACAUAUAACUUGGUAGAAAACAAUAUAGUUAUUUUGUUAGCAUUCACCAUCCACAGUGCCUGUGAGAAAUACUAAUAGUGGUUUUAUCUUUGUUAAAAUGACUUCAAGUCCAUUUUUACUGUUCAGUACAGUAGCAGAUACCCAUCUAGCUUAGACUCUAGACAGAAACCUUUUCACUGAGGCCACUGAAAGAUUGGAAAAGUAAUUGAGAACUGAAACCAGCCGUUUUGUCACAGCAGACCUCCUGUUGACCACUAGGGGGCGCUUUACAGCACACACUCACACCUGAGCGACACUUAAUUGUCCAGAACGUUUCAG